UAAAACAAUCAUAAAACAAUAAAAUUGCUUCUUAUAUGAAUGGUCAUGUAUAAGUUACUAAUGAUCCAUAGCUUAAUCCUUCAUGAAUGUGCAAACCUUAUAAUGAGGUUACCCAUGUUAUUGGCCAGCACCCUAACUAUGGUAUAAUUAAUUAGACAGUAUAAUUAAACCCUUGCUUUUAUCAUCUGAGUCAUUGGUUAACAGGAUCUAAAAUCAUGAAGCCGUGCAUAUUUAUAUCAUGUGGUUUUUUUUUAGGCAACAAAAGUGACAAAGAACCACUUUUAUUUACAGGCAUGAAUUGCAUCAAGGUCAAAAUUAUCAUAUACGGUGCUUUAGACGUCUUAAUUAACCUCUUUAUCUCAAAGUACAAUCAGCUGCCUUCUCUAAUAUUCCGGAUCAUGAUCUGGACUAAGCGUCACAGCAUGGGUGUGAAGGUAAAGAAUCUCGAUAGUGAGGGCUACCGGUUCAGAUACUUCAUGCGAGGGAAGCCUGGAUCCCAACCAUCUGUGCUGAUGCUUCAUGGAUUCUCACUCAACAAAGACAUGUGGUUAAACACCAUUGAAGUCUUUCCUAAGGGCCUCCACUUGAUCUGCCUUGAUCUGCCAGGUCACGGGGGAACCACUCGCUUGCUUGGAGAAAGUUACACAGCAGUUGCUCAAGCUAAAAGGAUACACCAGUUUGUCCAGUGUGCUGGCCUGAACCACAAGCCUUUCCAUCUGGUUGGCAUGUCCAUGGGAGGCAUGGUUGCUGGGGUUUAUGCCGCUCUCUAUCCAGCCCAUGUCUCCUCUUUAGCCCUCCUCUGCCCAGCUGGCCUGAAGAUUCCAAAACAAAGUGAACUGUUUCUGUGGUUAAAAAAGCUAGUUUUAUUGAAGGAUCUUGCCAAGAGUGCUCUUGUUCCAGUUACUAAGGAGCAAACAGAAAACUUCAUGAAACUUUGCCUAGCCCAGCCCAACUUUUUAAAGAUGCAGCUCCUAAAGGCAUACCUUGAGGAUCGGAGACCACAUAAGAUGUUUUUUGCAUUGUGUUUUCUGGACCUCACCAGCACUGAAUCGAAGUACAGCCUCCAUGAGAACAUGAGGAAAAUCAAAGCUCCCACCCAGAUCAUUUGGGGAAAGGAGGACAAGGUAAGGGAUUUAUGUGUAUCUGGGGUUUUUUGGCACAGUGUGUGUAAUUUUAGAAUCAGACAGGAGAACCAUCCCUGCAAUGGAAAUUGUACUGCUGUGGUUUUUCAUUUGCUGAGUUUCGUUGUUCCUGAUGGAAACACUUCACUUGAAAAUAAGUGUCAGUUCUUAUUCUUAAGGCGACAUUCUGCAGUUCAAGGAACAGCUUGAAUUUUUUGCCUACAUUUCUAGAGGAAGAAGGUUAUGCCAUGUUUACCAGCCUGGGGACUUUGCCCAGCGUGCAGAGCAAAGGUUUAUGCUGAAGUGUUAAGCAGCACUUGCAGGCAGGAUGAAAGGCAGUGCUACUUUAUUUUAAAUUCAGAAUUGGGAGAAAUGUGACACAGACAUUUUUCCUUCCACUUUGCUAUAUCCUCACUUACACUUUUUAAUAAAAGUUUUCAUAAACUUAUAAGCCGCCCAAAGUCGGUUGAGUUGUGUGGCAUAGAAACUGAAUGGAUGGAUCAAUCAAUCAAUCAAUUUCAUUAUCAUAAAAGUAAAUCCAAUAAAAUCAAUAAAGCAUAUCCAAACAAAGGAAAUGAAAUCAUAGAAAUAAUGACAGAGAACAUCCUGAUGGAUCUUAGUGGUCAAGAGGUUGAACUAUUAACAGUAAAUAAAAACAGUGAUAGUGCUAGCACUGAUGUUUAGAUAAUGAAAUAGUCUGCAAGAAAACCACCAAGCUCAGAAAGCACCAAAGACCCUUCUUUAUAUCUUAAUAGAACUCACAUGUAACCUGGCUAUACAAUCCACGCCAACCUGAAUAUCUGAGAAUGGCAGAGAUGCCAUGUAAAACAUCAGUUACUAUUAAAGGCUUGUAUACUGAAUGUUGUUCCAAGAGUAAAUGUAAGAUGGCACGCCCAAGUCAGGAUGUUUUUUUUUUUCAACAUAAAUAUUUCAGUUGUGACGGGAAGAAAUUCCUUGUUUCCUUUUGUGUAGGUUUUUGAUUCUUCGGGUGCAGAAAUUUUGGCGGAUGCCAUUCCUAAUUCCCAAGUGCAUCGGCUGGAGAAAUGUGGACACUUCAUAACCCUGGAGAGACCCAGGAUCUCUGCAAGGCUCC